UGGUGUUACCAGAAGCAGAACUGUGACGAUGAAUGUAAAGACCCGAGCCGCUGGCCUGUGCAGUUUCCCAGAUGUGGAGGGUCUCACCAGUCUCCAGUUAACAUCGUCAGCAGAAAAGUGCAGCUCAACAGCUCCCUGCCUCCCUUCUCUUUCAUCGGACACGUCGACGCAAUCAACGUUACAGUGAAAAAUAACGGCCACUACGCUCACUUUGGUCUGCCAGAGUCGGUGCGACUGGCUGGAGGAGGCCUGCCGGGCCACUACAGAGCCUUCCGCUUUCACUUCCACUGGGGAGGAGGGAGUGGGAGACCGGGGUCAGAGCACACCAUCGAUGGAGAAAGAUAUCCCAUGGAGCUGCACAUAGUCCACAUCAAAGAGCCAUUCCACUCUCUGGAAGAAGCAGAACAGGACACAGCAGGUAUAGCUCUGCUUGCCUUCCUGUUUGAGGAAACAGCAGCUGAUCAUCCACAUCUGGACAGCAUCAUAGCUGCGCUGGGCCGAGCAAAAUACAACGGCAGCAACACGGUGAUCCCAAACUUCAGACUCAAUGACAUCAUUCCAGCGGCCAAAGACCUUCACAGUUAUUACCGCUACGUGGGCUCCAUGACCACCCCAGGAUGUGAGCAGGCAGUGGAGUGGACGGUGUUUCACAGGACGCUGUCCAUCAGCAGUCGACAGCUGGAUGCGAUAGUUGCACAGUGUCAGUUUUGGACGGGACAACCCAUGACGGACAUCUACAGACCCACACAGCCCCUGGACGGCAGGGUGGUGUACAGCUCCAAGUCUGGCACGCCUCAGAAGAGAGUGACCCACUUAUGGAUUAGUGUUUUCUCAGGGUUUCUCAUCAUAGUGACUCUAACACACUAACAUGGAAACUGAACAGAUGAUUUAGGCAACAAAGACAAAACGAGUCAGAUGAACGGACACAACUUCUACACACCAGUGGGUCAUGGUGAAAAUAUAUAAAUAAAAAAAAAGUAUUUUUGAUAAAAACCAAAAUAAGACGUACAUAAACCCACUGGGAUUUUCUGCCAAUCUAAACUUCUCCUCUGUUUCUCUCUGCUUUGGAUCUGAUGCUGCUCACAGUGCUCGUUGCAUUGCUUUGUAAGAUGUGACCGACAUGAGUGAAUGAAAACUUGGAAGAUGUGUGAUGGCAGAUUUAGAGUAGUCAACAAUAAAUGAACAGUUCAAACCACA